AUGCCUUCGGGCUUGGAGGAGGCGCUGGAACACACCGGUGGCCACGGCCGAACCGCUGAAGGUGUCUCAAUCUCGACCUUCCUGGCGUCGCUGGCGACAGCCAUCGCUGUCUUCGUUGUUGAAUUUCUCCUCUUUCUGUUACUCAAGGGUAAACUAAGCCGUAUAUACCAACCGCGAACCUAUUUGGUACCAGAUAGAGAGCGUACAACCCCAUCACCCCCAGGUCUCUUCCGUUGGAUUGUCCCAGUUUUUCGUACCUCCAGCUCGGAAUUCAUCCAAAAAUGUGGGCUAGAUGCAUACUUCUUCCUGCGCUAUCUACGCAUGCUUCUGAAGAUCUUCGUUCCUCUGGGCCUCAUGAUCUUACCGGUUCUACUCCCAAUCAAUCAGGUUGGUGGCAAGGGCCAAACAUACGAACAUGGUCACUCGGGCAAUAAGUAUGCCGUCACUGGUCUGGAUCGGUUAGCAUGGGGUAACGUAACCCCCGAGCACACGAGUCGGUACUGGGCUCAUUUGAUAAUGGCCGUGAUUGCCAUUAUCUAUGUCUGUGCUGUGUUCUUUGAUGAACUUCGGAAUUACAUUCGCCUGCGACAGGCCUACCUAACGUCUCCCCAGCAUCGACUCCGUGCUUCUGCUACCACCGUCCUCGUUACUUCUAUUCCUCCUGAUUGGCUCAACAUGGAUGCUCUUGAUAGGCUUUUCGAUGUUUUCCCUGGAGGCGUGCGCAACAUCUGGCUCAACCGCAACUUCGACGACUUGAAUGAGAAAGUCAAAGCGCGAAACAAUUUUGCCCUCAAGCUUGAGAGCGCCGAGACGGAUCUGAUUGCAAAAUGCAAAAAGUCGCAGCUUAAAAAGGCCAAGGCGGAGGCAAAGAAGGCCGGCAAAAGCCAGUCAAGCGCAGAGAAACAAGAAAAAAAGGCGGCCGACAAACGGGCGUCCCAAAUAGCUAUCGGUCCUGGUAUCAGCUCCGGUAAUCCUCAUCAGGCCCACACGGUACGAGAAAUGCUCCACGGACAACCAGAAGGUCCCCAAGAGAAACGGUCACAGGACGGACCUCGACGGGUGUUUGACCCUGCCUUUGCCGCCGCUGAGGUGGUUGGCCAAGGGGUGGGAAAACUGGGCAAGACAGUGCUUGGGGGCUUCAAGAAGGUCGAGCACGGCUUCGAGAAGCCCUUGGCUCGAACCGGGGGCUUUGUUGCCACUACAGACAAUAUCCUCCCGCCUCGUUCAAAUACUCCCCCGCGCCCCGAUCAUUCUGCAAUGACAGACAUAACCGCGCCUCAUGCAGACACUCCUCCAGUCCCAGACCCUCUUGCCUCUGGUAGCCAGUCUGCUACAACGCCCACCAAACCCGUAGGGCUGCGGCGAAGUCAGCACUUGAGUUUGAAAGGCAAGAGACUACCUGGACUGGAUUCAGGACAGGAUGCAGGCCAGGAUGACACCACGUGCUGUGAUCCAACGACUCCGGCGAAGCCACCAUUCUGGAGGCGGAUGUCCUCUCAUCCAAAAUCGCAGGGUGUGCGCGAGGCUGACGAAUACCCACUGACUGCACCUGAAACCCCUGUAACAGAUGCACACCAUCAUAGCUCCAACAAACCGAGCAAGGACGAAAACCCCAAAGAUGGUCGAAAGGAGGGGGACAAAAUGGAAGGAGAAAAAUACCCCGUCGCCUACAAUGAAAAUUUCGACAAUGAAGACUACGGAGAGCCGCUGUGGAAAGAAUACAUUCGGCCAAAAGACAGAGAUACCAUGCGUUUACCCAUAUUUGGUUGGAGUUGGAUGCCUUCGCUUUGGCUUCUAGGCCAAAAGGUUGACACCAUCGAUUAUUGUCGAAAGGAGCUCGCUCGUCUGAAUCUGGAGAUCGAAAUCGACCAACAGCACCCUGAGCGGUUCCCUUUGAUGAACUCGGCAUUCAUCCAGUUCAACCACCAAGUCGCUGCCCACAUGGCCUGCCAAUCUGUCAGCCAUCACCUCCCCAAGCAGAUGGCACCCCGAGUCGUGGAAAUCUCUCCUGACGAUGUCAUUUGGGAUAACAUGUCAAUCAAAUGGUGGGAACGAUACCUGCGUUCCUUCGGCAUCAUCACACUAGUUUGUGCAAUGGUCGUUGGAUGGGCGUUCCCAGUCGCGUUCACCGGACUACUCUCGCAAUUGGCAUACCUGGAGGGUGCAUUCACGUGGCUGGCCUGGCUUGGCAAGCUGCCAAACUGGUUCAUCUCAGCCAUCCAGGGUAUUCUUCCUGCGAUGUGUUUGGCUAUUCUGAUGGCACUGCUCCCCCUCAUCCUUCGCUUCUUGAGCCGCACGCAAGGCCUCUUCACUGGCAUGUCCAUCGAGCUCACUGUCCAAAAUUAUUACUUUGCCUUCCUGUUUGUGCAGCUGUUCUUGGUCGUAACCAUCGCUUCCAGUUUCUCGACAAUCAUUGAGAACGUCACUGAUGUGACCAGCUGGCCGCAACUCCUUGCAGUGAACAUCCCGAAGUCUAGUAACUACUUCUUCUCUUACAUGAUUCUACAAGCCAUGUCUGUGAGCGCUGGUGCUCUUGUACAGAUCUUUGGCCUAGUGAGCUGGUUCAUCUUAGCUCCUAUUAUGGACUCUACUGCCCGGAAGAAGUGGGCACGAACAACAAACCUCAACCAGAUGCAAUGGGGCACGUUCUUCCCUGUCUAUACCACCCUAGCCUCUAUUGGUUUGAUUUACUGUGUGAUCGCACCGCUAAUUCUGGUUUUCAACAUCAUCACCUUCGGCCUGUUCUGGUUCGUCUAUCGCUAUAACACACUCUAUGUCACCAAGUUUCGCUUUGACACCGGUGGCCUUCUUUUCCCCCGAGCCAUUAACCAGCUAUUCACUGGAAUUUACAUUAUGGAGGUCUGCCUGAUCGGCUUGUUCUUCUUGGUUCGGGACGCGGAUAACGAGGUCGCCUGCAAGGGACAGGCUAUUUGCAUGAUCGUUGUUCUAAUCCUGACGGCCGGUUACCAAAUUCUGCUCAACGAAGCGUUCAGUCCACUGAUCAGGUAUCUGCCUAUCACCUUGGAAGAUGAUGCUCUUCGACGUGAUGAUGAGUUCCGUCGUGCUCAGCACGCUCGCCUCGGUAUCGCUCUUGAUGAUGACGAUGACGAGGAUGGUGACAUUGAACACACCCUCGCUAAGCAUGAACAUCAAGAGCGCCAGCACAAUAAGGAGCUACGAGAAGACAUCGAACUGAAACCGCUGGAGACCAGUAUCCCCGACCAGACGCGACACAAUUCGGAUCUCCUGUCAACACCGAAGCUUGGAGGCAAACGUCCAUCAUGGGCCUCUAACUCAUCAAAUCGGAAAUCUAAAUAUUUCGGUCAGAACUCAACCCCCACCACGCCGACACUACGGAAUAUGCGGGAAAAGAUGGCCCAAGACACUGAGGCCCAGGGGCCGGGCCCCAACACAGUUGGCCAAGCCCUCUUUGCUGGUAUCCACGAUGAAUUGGAGGAUCUCACGCCCGAUGAGCGUGACCAGCUGGUGCAACGUGCCUUCCAGCACGAGGCCCUUCGCGCCAAGCGGCCUGUCAUCUGGAUUCCCCGUGAUGAUCUGGGUGUAAGCGAUGACGAAGUCUACCGAACACAAAGAUUCAGCAAACAUGUAUGGAUCAGCAAUGAGUACCAGGCCCUAGACGGCAAGUGUCGGACGAUCUUCAGUCGCAGUCCUCCAGAUUUCUCAGAGGUGGAUUUGAUUCAGCUGUGA